AUGGAUGAGGGAACGACAGAUAGUGAGGGGCGGUUCCUGUUGAAAGGACAUGAAACCGAACUUACAAUGAUCGAUCCGAAACUCAAUGUAUACCACGACUGCAACGAUGAAGCUAUUCCCUGCUUGAAGAAAUUUUCAAUUAUGAUACCGGACAGUUUUGUAACUGAAGGACCAGAGCCGAAGAAGACAUUUGAUGUUGGUACUCUGAACUUAGCUGGCAAAUUUUCCGGAGAAACACGAGACUGCGUUAACUAG